AGAUUUUUUUUAAGAGUGAGAAAAUGAAAACUCAAUUGAAUCUCUCACAACCACUUAUUUCAAAAGGAUAGUUUCAGACUCUUUACCUAUAUCUCACGUAUAUUAUAACACGUUUUAAAAUAUUUUAAAUUUCAUAUAAAAUAAUCAAACACCUCAUAUAAAAUGAGACACAGGGAAAUUAUUUCUUUAAAGUAUCUACAAGAAAAAUAGACAUCAAAAGAAAAAAUGAGCAAGUCUUUCUAUUAUCCUAACAAGGAUAAAAUACAAGAAGCUUGGUCUAAAGAUGAUAGUAUGGCUAAUUGUUGUUCUAAAAGGACAAAUUUUUCUAAGGAAGAAGAUGAUCUUAUCAUUAGGUUUCAUGCUCUCCUGGGUGACAGAUGGUCGCUUAUAGCAGAAAGAUUACCCGAACACAGUGGUAUUGAAGUGAAGAAUUAUUGGGACUCUCAUUUAAAACUAAAACUUACGAAAAUGGGAAUUGAUCCAAUGAAUUAUCGUAUACAUGAAUAUGUUCAUAAGAAAAAUCUCGAUUUUAUCGCAUCGAGAAAUAAAAAAUUAUUCAAUGGAGAAAUUUCUGAUGCUGAAAGUUCUGCAUAAUAAUAUGUUUUGUUUUUUAAAAAAAAUAAUUAUUUUUUAGUUUGUGUGAUAUGUUGAUAGUUCUUUUACACAAUAAUAUGCACCAUCAAAUUUA